UAGAAUUAGAAAACCCAGAGCUCGGAGGCAGAGAGAGAAUGGCCACGCAGCGAGCGGGAUAAAAGAGCGCAGAUCAGGAGGGGCCAGGCCCGCCCGUAGGCCAUUGCGUUUCGUUUUCGCACUGCACGCACCACCAUACGCCGCACUGCCGAGCUCUACUCCUGCUACUUCCUAGUCCUGUUCCUGCUGCCUGUGCCGCUACUCUUCUUAACCCCUAGAGCGCGAGGCCUACGGAGGAGGAGAGCAUUCGGGAUUUCAGGAGCAAAGCGGUGGCGCCUUUGCCAUACCGCUACGGGGCUAGGCUGCUGUUGCGGAGCAGAGGCAAGCAUUCGUUCCUCCCCCAUUACGAGGAGAGGAGAAGAUUUGCUGGGUUUUUUGGUUUUUGCUGCAAGGGGAAGAUGGAUUCUUGAUCCCCGGAGCGGUUGGGUUGUUGCGGCAAGCUCAAGCAUUUGGCCCCUGUACUCGGAAGUCAAUCGAUUCGGCCCCGGAUUUGCGGCUUCUCGGGUCAGAAUCUUGCCUUGAGAGCGGAAAUUUGUGCGGGUCUGCGGGAUUUGAGGCUUCCUUCCGCCGAGGGCGCGCCCUGCCUUGUUUGGGGGCAGAUAGGAGACUCCGAAGAGGUGGGGUACGGAUUCUUCCAUUGCUGUGGACGGGGAGGUAUGAGACAAUGAGGGACGAGAGCAACAAGAAGAAGCUCUCGUGGUCCAAAUCCCUUGUGAGGAAGUGGUUCAACAUCAAGUCUAAGGCGCAGGAUUUCCAUGCGGAUCACGAUGCGAGCCAAGGAAGGGACGGGCAUGGUGAUGAAUGGAGGACCAGCUGCUCAGAGAGGGAGGCAGGCACAGCCAAGAAAAGCAGAACUGACCGGUUGUCGAAACGGAGUGUAGACCGAAUCCGUGGAGUAAGGAAUGACUUCGAUCCGGCACGCCUGACGGAAGUUCAGAAUUACAGAAUCUUUGCCUCCACAUGGAAUGUUGGCGGUAAAUCCCCACCAAGGGGAUUAAAUCUUGAUGACUGGCUCCAUUCUUCACCUCCAGCUGAUAUCUAUGUGUUAGGAUUUCAAGAAAUUGUUCCUUUGAAUGCUGGAAAUGUUCUUGGCACUGAAGAUAACCUUCCAGCAAAAAAGUGGGUAUCCCUUGUUAGGAGGACAUUGAAUAAGAAUCCUGGGUGCUGUUAUGGUGGCUAUCGCACGCCCUCUCCUGUCCCUGAUCCAGUUGUGGAACUAGAUGCUGAUUUUGAGGGAUCAUCGAGAAAGCAGGAUAAUUUCUCAAUUUUGCAUCGUCGAUCAUUCAACCUUAGCCGGAGUUUAAGAGUUGAAGGGAACCAUAUGUCAUCACACCCAAGAUUGGAUCGCAGGUUCAGUGUAUGUGAUCCAGUUAGCUUGGGAGGCAGGCCAAGUGAUUUUGAUGGAAAUUUCCCAUUCAUGGGAUCACCAGAUGAUCAUUGUAUUGAGGAGGAUUCAAGUAAUGGAGCAUAUUUUUCACCCUUCACAUAUGGCUAUGGUGCCUCAGCGCCUACGGAAGAAAAUUAUAGUCUGCAAAAUACAUCUAGGUAUUGUUUGGUUGCCAGCAAGCAGAUGGUUGGUAUAUUUCUCACCAUUUGGGUACGCAGCGAAAUAAGAAAUGAUGUGAGAAACCUGAAAGUUUCCUGUGUGGGCAGAGGACUAAUGGGUUACCUUGGAAAUAAGGGAUCUAUAUCCAUAAGCAUGUCUUUGCACCACACAACGUUUUGUUUUAUCUGUUGUCAUUUGACCUCUGGGGAAAAGGAGGGAGAUGAACUGCGGAGGAAUUCUGAUGUUAUGGAAAUUCUAAGGAAAACUAGAUUUCCUCAAGUCCGUGGUGCUGGUGAUGUCAAGUCACCAGAAACAAUUCUUGAGCAUGAUCGUGUCAUUUGGCUUGGGGAUUUGAAUUACCGGAUCGCUCUUUCAUACUGCUCAGCUAAAGCUCUUGUUGAAAUGCAUAAUUGGAAGCAACUAUUGGAGAAAGAUCAGCUUCGAAUAGAACGAAGAUGUGGGCGUGUUUUCCAGGGAUGGAAAGAAGGCAGGAUUUAUUUUCCUCCAACGUAUAAGUACUCAUUCAACUCAGAUCGUUAUUCUGGUGUGCGUCCCAAAGAAAAGCGGAGAACACCAGCCUGGUGUGACCGCAUUUUGUGGUAUGGUAAUGGCCUCAUGCAAUUGUCGUAUGUCCGUGGAGAGUCUCGCUUCUCUGAUCACAGACCCGUGUACAGUAUUUUCAUGGCUGAUGUUGAAAUUGUCCGCCCUAGAAGAAGGAACAUGGGCUAUUUCAGCUCCAGAAUUGAGGUGGAAGAGCUUUUACCAUAUUCUUACAGCUCUGGAGAAAAGUUCUACUAAUUUGGCUCAUAUUGGCAUAUGGAGCUUGUUUUCUACUUUAACUUAGGUUACCGGGUCCCUGAUGAACAAUAGCUGGGGUCAAAGAUUGGUUGGAUGAUGAGGUGUAACCUUGACUGAUUUUUUUAUCUGGCUUUCAUUGCUAGAUUUCAGUCAGAUGCUUGAGAAGCACAUUGCGCAAAAACUGACAUAAAGGAUAGUUGGGCAGUUUUGCAACUAACCAUUUGCCUGUGGGCAGCCAAUGCUCAAACAAGGAUCAUCCCACAUCUGUACAUAACUACACAGCUCAAGAAACCCUUCGUUUUUCUCUCUUUUUAGGGAUGUUAAUAAAUGUAUAUCAUUUUUCUUCUCCCUUUGCCUUGGGGAAAUCUGCUAGUUAGUAUGAGGUUUUGGGGGUGUGCAUGAGUAUGAGCAUGAGGUGUAGAAUCAUUGCAAAUCGGCAAAAGGUGAAAUGAUGCUUGAAUUGAACUGAUCCUGGAUCAUGAUCUCCGGUGCUGAGGGAACAGUGAUAGAUUGAUGUGACUUAGGAGGUUUGCAAAGGUGUAAUCAUGUGCAUAACUUUUAUCCCUGUGGUGCAGUACCUGAGAAGCAAAAUGAUGCCUGCAUUUGCUGUGCUCAUUGAUGUGGCAGAAAAAAAAAUUGUUCAGUUAAAAUUUUACUAAUUCUUGGUCA